AUGUUUAGCUCAAAGAUCAUACAUUCAGUUUUAUCUGAUACGGAAUUCACUGAAUUAUUGGUAUCUGAUCUACCAAACAACAAUCUGCGUAAUAGAAUUAAUGAUCUAUCUAGUACAUUCCAUCUAGAGGAGGAAUAUUUAAAUGCACCUCCAGAUGACACCACUGUUCCACGUUCGCAUCAUCACUAUCAUUAUCAUCAUCAUCUGGGUACUCAUCAAGUACGUUUACUGAACUAUUUGGAUGGUGUGACUAGUUCACCAUCAGAUGGAACGUCGUUAUUUAUGCCUCCAAUUAUUUUUCCUCCUGAUACUAACAUACCUCAAUCUAGGGCUGUCAAUAUUAUUGAUGCUUCAUCACAUAUACCAUACCGAUGGAAUUCAGAAUUAGGUUCUGCAGAGAAUCAUUCAAUUCCUGUUCCACAAGAGUCAGAUCUUACACGAGAUACCAGUCCAGAAUUCCUAGCUGCAAAUGAAACCCACAGACAUAGACUUGCAUCAUUUAUCCGUCGUGAAUUACGUGUACUUGCUCCAUGGCUUUCCUAUGAAGCUUCUUAUAGUUCUCAAGGAAAUCGUGAAGAUUCAGAAGAUACUGGAUUCUAUAACGCCGCUGUAACAGCACCUCUUAUAUCGGGUGCUCCUGGUUUGGAGGUAGAAACGAGAGAACUGGAUGAUUUGACAAACAUAGUUUUACAGCAUCUCUGUACAGUUCCAAUUACAAACGAGCAAGCACUUGUUAGCCUUUUGGCAAGUCAACCAGCUCUUCAUUCAUCCCUUGUACCUAGUGUUUACCUCCGUCACUUAGCUUCAGAAAUUUUGCAGUUCGCUCAGUUCACUGGAAGUAUGGAAGAAUACGACUCUUCUAUUUCUUUAUAUCGGCGUAGGAUAACUUUGAGUGGACUGGUUACGUCAACUGAAAGGAAUAGAAACAGACAUCCUCAGCGUUUUCGUCUUGACCCUCGUUUGGCUGUGUAUAUUGCUUCCGCUUGUUGGCCUCGUAUUCGUCCUGGUUUUACCCAACCGGAGGGCCUUAUAGUCCAUCCUCUGAUCAACUGGCUACUUCAAAGACUUUUCGUUCAUGCUGUAUCUGGCACUUCUCAUCCUGACCCUCUACCAGGCACUGGAGAUCCUCCACCUACCUUACCAAGUCCAUUAGUAUUCCAUGGACCUUCUCUAACAUGUCAUCCCAACUGUCUGCGUUUGGCAAGUUCUAGUCAUGCUCUUUUAGAGGCCAUUAUAUCCUUCUCUAGAUUGAGAGGUCCAACGGCCGGUCGAACUAUUAACUUGAGUCCUGAUGUAGCAGUCAGCGUCUCUGAAAUUUUUCCCAACCGGCUUUUGUAUCAACGCAUACUGAGUGAAUUAAUAGAUCAUGCACGGUUCAGUGAGGCUCUCAGCGGUCAAUUCAGUCAAUAUAAUGAUCGUACCAGAGUGACAAGUCUAACAUCACAAGUUUCAGAAGAAAAUCGACUUAAUUCAGUGUCAAGUAAUCUUAUUGGUAAUAGAGUUUCUAUCCGCAACCUUAUUAGUGUGUCAGAGCCAGCUACUUGCCUGCAACCAGCUAUACGAUCAUAUCCAUUUGCAUUAAGACGUCUAGAUGGUCUUCUACUUCUUUUCACAGCUCGAGUGCCUGGUUUAAGAAAUGAUCCCGAGCAUCUGGUUAGUGAAUUACUUCAUAUGCCACUUAUGCCAAUGACUAUAACCCCUUUAACUGUAAUUGAUCUCACUAAUUCAAGAACAGCGGUUAGCAGAUCACAAACAUUUCCUACGCAAUCAGAAAGUCGAUCACAGUCUUCGGAGAACUUAGACACUGUCAGAGCACCGUAUGCUUCAAGGUUCUCAGGAAUUGACUGGAAAUUCCUAAGACAGCUUCCAUUUUCUUCAUAUUCUCAAAGUGAUCCCCCUCCUAGUUCAUCAACUACUAGUAACAGGGUUUCUAGUGAUAGUGGCUCUACUUAUUGGAGUCCUUCUAUAUCGAGUCAACCAACAGCAUCUAGUGAUGCUUCACCUUUUCCAGGUAGUCAGCUUUUUUCCUUGCUAUCAUCUGUAGGAGUAAUAACACCAGUUGAAGUGUCCACAUCAACUCAUAAUUCACCUAGUGGUUGGCGAGAAACUGCUCCAUGUGUUGUUAUAUCAUCGGAUUCCUCUGAUGAAGAAUCUGUAGACUAUCAUGGGACGUGUGAACCACCAAUUGAGUCCAAUGUGCUUACUUCUGAUGAAUCUGAAUCUGAGCAUAAUUCAUCAGCAGACAACUCAAUAGAUAGAUGUGAUUCUACUGCAUCUCUUGGCUCACUAUUCAAGACAUUUUCUAAUAUGCCUCUGCAGAAAGAAACGUCAGUUGCGAAUGAAUCUUCUCUCAUAGUGCUAGAAACUGAAAACAAUAAAACUAAUAGUCAUUCGGUUGCCACGGGAAGCAACGUAGAAGCUAUUAAUAUACAAAACAAUACUACAACAUUAUCAAUUAACUCGUCGCCUACAUGCACCCACAAUGCAAAUUCUAAUUGGGAUGAUAUCAUUUGUGAUCGGCAGUCAUCAACUGCUCGUCGUGAGGAACCUAUGGAAGUAGAUGAACGACUUGAUGAAGUGUCUUACGUAUCAAUCCCAUCAUCUAGUGAUUUCAGAACAUCCUUAUGUAAUCCGUCUGCAAAAUCUUUUUCUACUGCAUCUGAAGGUAAGUAUACAAUGGAACCACAUCCUCCAAAACAUAUUGAAGCUACCAGCAGUGCAUCUAGAUCAAAUAUCUUAUCACCUAGAAAUUCAUUAAAGCAGUAUUAUCAUCCCCAAACAAAACAGGAGUCACAUCAUCAUCGUAAACGCAAAGUAAAUAUCAAUAUAGAAAACACUGAUAGCGAUUGUGAACUUGUUAGAGAAUCAAUCAGAAUAGACAGUGAUUCUUCUUGCCUAACGUUUAGAUCAACAUCAUCCAGGUCCUCCUCUUCAUCAGAUGACCAUCAUCACAGUUUAAAGUUCAGUCCUUCAGUAAUUCGUUUUUGUAGUCCUUCAUAUCGGCGUAAAAAUCUUUGUCGGAGACACCGUCAUUGCCGGCACAAUCAUUAUAAGUGUUGUCGUCAUACUUGUCAUUACAAGCAUUCAUGCUGCUGUUAUUGUCGUUCUAAACUUCAUAAACGACCCACUCACAGACAUCCACAGGACCCUGAUAAAUUGGUCAACUUAAAUAAUCCAUCUUCUCCGGUUAUUAUUUCGGAUGAUGACAGUGAUGAGUCUAAUGAUAUUGUUCUUGAAACUGGAGGUGAUUCUGCACUUACCAAUCAGCAUUUAUAUUCCCCAAAUCAGGGAGUUGCGCAGAAAGAUGUAGCUUCAUUGCAGUCAAAACUUUCACAUGAUUGUCUUGCUAAUGAGGAUAAUUCAUUGUCUUUCUCGACUGAUACUUCAGUCCUUGAUGCUGCAUCUUGUCAUCCUAUAGGAGAAUGUUCUUCUCCAAGUAAAGUUUAUAAUACCGAGUCUAGUUCAAAACCACAUGUUUCACCUGUAAAUAAUUUGUCUAGUUCUGCAACAAAUUUCCCCAUAUUCGAACCUCCCACUGCAUCUGAAUUUUAUCGUUUAAUGGCUAAAUUUGAAGAUACUAAACAUUCGGAAUCUAGUGCCAGUGAAAUAGUUCCCGUACGAUCAUCAUUGUACGACAAAUGCAAUCAAACGGAUGAUGAAAUUUCACAUCCUUCCCUUUCUACCCCAUCAAAUUGUGAAAAACAAAGUACAAGUUCGCUUAGUGUCAAGUAA